AAACUUGGUUAACCCAACUUCUAAUCUUACCCUUCUCACAGUGUUAUGACUUUCUCUACUAUUGUUUGUAACAUUCAACAUUCUUUGUUUCAGCUCAAAGACAACCCUCCACGAAAUGCGGUCAAUUCCACUUGGAACCUCAGUAUCUCCAAAACCUAUAAACACCUCCAAAAUUUCAUCUUUUAAUAUUAAUUUUAAGAAAUCAACUACUUUACCAUAUUGGGUUUCACCUUCAUCUCAUGAAUUCUCUAUUUUAUCUCUAUCCCAAUCAGGAAUAUGCAGAGCCAGUCAAGUUGUUGAUUUGUUUCCAACCGUGUCUCCCGACAUUACUGUGAGAGAGGCUAGAUUAGAGGACUGUUGGGAAGUGGCAGAGACUCACUGCAGCUCUUUCUUUCCUGAAUAUUCCUUUCCGUUAGAUUUUGUGUUGAGGAUGGAUAGAUUGGUGGCUAUGUUAGCAGGAUUCUCUUUACCGAAUGGUUGCAAAAGAACCUGUUUGGUUGCUGUUAUUGGCAAUUCACUUGAUCAAACUUUUUUAUUUGGAAGUGAGGAUUUUAAAAUUGCGGGUUUUGAUGGUAAAUUAAGCCUCAACAAGGGUUAUGUGGCUGGCAUAUUAACAGUCGAUACUGUUGCAGAUUUUCUACCUAAAAAGGGGCCGCUUCGACAGAGAAGGACUGGAAUUGCAUACAUAUCAAAUGUGGCAGUAAGAGAAAAAUUUAGACAGAAAGGAAUAGCUAAACUAUUGGUGGCUAAGGCAGAAUCACAAGCCAGAAAUUGGGGAUGUCGCUCCAUUGCAUUACACUGUGAUUUACGAAAUCCUGCGGCGACGAAGUUAUACCAAGGCCAAGGUUUCAAAUCUAUAAAGGUUCCAGAUGGAGCUAACUGGCCUCAACCAAAAACUUCACCAGAUGUUAAGUUCAACUUCAUGAUGAAGCUUCUCAACAAAUCAGCCGUUUCCAAAACUAACUAAAUACUUCAUAGGUAGAUUAUUAAGUUUGUACAAUGUAAUGUAUUUAUGGAAAAGAAUGUAGUAAGACGAGACCGUCUAUUUGGCGUGUGUAAGUAAACCAAGGAAUUAGAGGAAACAUCAUUUAAAGAUCUUUGGAAUUGCACAGGUAGUAAGCAGUUGUAUAGUUAGUUAUAUUGUCAUUCAUUCACAGUCCCACUCCCAAGUUUAUAAAGGAUACACCCUUAUACCCUAACCCUACCAUGAUCAAGUGUUAUUCAGAUUUUGUAUUGAACUUCAAUAGCAGCAAGGGUUGUCAUUGGAAUUUUCA